AUGCAUGGCGCGGAAGGCUUGGCUCUUUUGGCGCUGAAAAUCGGCCUCGCCUUGCUGCUCGGCGAGGGCUCACCACCGCGAACACGCCUUGGAGACGAGGAGUUCGCCAUCGCACCACGCGCUGCGAGAGCAACGGCGCCGGCGCCAGACUUGGUGGAGCCGGCGCCGGCGCCAGCGCCAGCGCUCGCUCCGUUGACGUGGCAGCUAUGCGCGGAGCAGUUCCAGAGUUGCGAGUGCGCUGGGCGCAUGCGCUGGGGCACGCCUUCAAAAUAUCAGAUCUUCGAGCCAAAGAACGAGCCCUGGCCCUGCGACUUCAACACCUUGGGGGACCCUGCGCCUGGCGAGAACAAAGUCUGCGAGUGCGAGGAAGCUGUGGAGGUUCCGACGGGCCUGGAGUGGGUCUUCUGCGCCAGCCAGUUCAUGCUUUGUGACUGCCCGGGCCGAAUUCGCUGGGGGAAUGCACGGCGCUGGAAGUUGGUCCAACCCGCGUCGCCGAAUGGGUCACUGAGCUGCUCUACUCAACUCGGGGACCCCGCGCCUGGGGACGCGGGCAAGCACUGCGAGUGCGAGCUGGACCCAACGGCGCCCUUUUACGCCUCCGUGAGCCCUGCGGUGCGGGAGAAUCCGCGCGAACCGCUGGUGUCUUGCGAGAUCUUGGCGCAGGCCCAGGAUCGAUCAGUCUGGGACCAAAAGCAGUGGCAGGCCGUGCGGGGCCUCUGCGAGGCCAGCGACGCCGACGUCCACGCCGCGGGCCCGGAUUCUUUGGGUGUCGAGGACCUGCGGCGCAUGGCGGAGGCGUGGCUGGACGAAGGCUGCGAGCAGAACUAUCGGCGCCUUUACAAGGACGGCUGGCUCGAGGAGGCCUUUGUGAACUUCAUUGGCAGCUCUCCCUCCGGCACCAAGUGGGCCCGCAUCAACGAGCAGCUGAUCAGGUCGGUGCACCUCUUCUCUACGCGGCCCGUGGUGGUGGUCCACUUCGGAAUGGUGAGGCCAGCUGAAUGGGACCCAUCGAAGUACCCGCGCUUGGUGGUGCUUCAUGCCGCGCCCUUCCCCACCAGCGUCUUCCGGCGCUUCGACCUCAACAAGUUCCGAUCCCUGCUGGUGGCGCGGGUCAAAACCGGGGUGCAGCUGGACGCAGAUCAGUUUGUGGCCCCUGGGGUGGACCGCCUCUUUGCGCUGGCCAGACAGGAAGGCUCCGAGGAUUACCCCCUGCCCAUUCUGCCCGUUCACUUCCUGCGCAACGAGGAGCUGCCCAUGUUCCCUGGACAGAACGGCGGCUUCACCAUGAGCGGCGGCCAGAGCCACGUCUUCGACAGAUAUUGCAAGGAGGGGAAGUGCAAGGUCUCCACGCGCUGGGGUCAUGCCCACCCCACCUGGACCUUCUGGUCCUUGCCCUUCCUUGGCACCUGGCUGCGCCGGCACUUGCGCGACGAGACGUUGCCGGAGUCCCAGGGCAAGGUGGCACUGCGCGUGACGCACAUCGACGUGGACGAGGACCUUCUGAACAUCGGCACCUGGGAGGAGGAGGGCUACAAGCAGUGGUGCAAGUACGACGUCAUGGACCCCAGUGACUUCGAGCGCUUGUUGAGCAAUAGGCCGAAAGGCCAUUGCAAGCCCAAGGGCCCGCCGCCCAUCGUGGAGGACCCGGUCUUCCACCCCGAGGGCGCGGCGGUGGUCUUUCUCACCGCCCACCACGCGGUGGAGCCGGAGGUGUCGUCGAAGCUCAUCGACCAGUUGGCCAGCAAGGCCAAGGCCAAGGAGCUUCCUGGGCCCGUGUACUUCAAGGGCUGCUUCUAUCAAGAUGGCGAAGAGUUGCGCCGGGAGCACCCCAAAGUGAAAUGCCUGAUUUGA